UUGUUGUUUGAUUGAUUGCUUUGAGAUGGAUUGUUGUUUGUUGUUUGAUUGAUUGCCUUGAGAUGGAUUGUUGUUUGAUUGAUUGCUUUGAGAUGGAUUGUUGUUUGUUGUUUGAUUGAUUGCCUUGAGAAGGUAAAAACCAUGUAGGCCGAUUGAUUGUUGUUUGUUGCAUUGAGAUGGUACAUGUUUAUAUGUCACGAUUGAUUGCUGUUUGUUUAUGGUUAUUAUGAUUCAUUGCUGUUUGUUGCUUGGUAUCUAACUUUGGUAUUCUUAGUACCUGAUCAUAGGUAACAGACCUAGCGCUAUUCUUUUUUCUGAACUUUUUUGUGAUUAUUAUGCCUUCACAUUGCACUGCUCCUAGAUCCAUAUCGACAUGCCCACCCUGUCUGAUGAGGAUAAAGAUGUAAGGAACUCCUCCCAAGAAUCUCUCUUGCUCCUUGUAUUAACUUGGCGACUAGAUUUACAUGUUAAAUUAUUAUUUUCGUGAAACUGGAGCUCCUUGCUGUAACCCAUCAUAUGACUUUAUGAGCGUGCAUCACUUUCAGGUUAUGAAAAAAUGGGGAAAACAAGGUUGACUUCCUCUCUCUUUCUUAUACAAGGCAUGAAGAAGAUGUGCGGCAACAAUAGGCACGGGAGUUCCUCUCAAAGUUAGGUGAUCUAAGCCAAACUCUGAUUUUUGCCAAAAUUGAGAAUGUAGAGGGCUUGAACCAUUUUGAUGAGAUCCUGGAAGAAGCAGAGGUAUAAUUCUGUAAAGAGGAAACCUUGGAAUUGAUCUUCCACCUAAAAAGAAGUCUGCUCUGCACAAGUGCAACAAGGCUGGAAAGCCUGUUGUUGUUACUCGUGUUGUGGACAGUAUGACGGACAACCUAAGGCCUUCUCGUGUGGAGGCAACUGAUGUGGCACAUGCAGUGUUGGACGGUAGUGAUGCCAUUCUCCUUAGUGCUGAGACUCUCCGUGGGUUGUAUCCAGUUGAGACUAUGUCAACAGUAGGCAGAAUUUGUGCUGAGGCUGAGGUCUUCAACCAGGAUUUGUACUUCAAGCGAACCAUGAAAUACGUGGGAGAACCCAUGACCCACUUGGAGUCUAUUGCUUCCUCUGCAGUGCGGGCUGCUAUCAAAGCUAAUUGUCAAGUACAGGUCCACCAUGCCGUUCCUCGUCUAAAAACAAAUCAAUUGAAGUGGAGCUUCACAAGCGCAUUUGAAGCAAGACAAUCACUCAUAGUUAGAGGCCUCUUUCCCAUGCUUGCUGAUCCACGUCACCCGGCUGGAAUCUUCUAGCACUACAAAUGAAUCAGUGUUGAAGGUUGCUCUUACCUUAGCCAAAAUUUCUAUAAGAAUGUUGCUCAUGUUACAUGCCUUCCUUUCUCUAGUAAGUAGAACAAGAACACAUUUAACAUUUCUUUUAUGUCCAUAUGUGUACGCUCAUGAUAUUUGAAUUACAAACCAAAUUCUAAAUAAAUAAGCAUGCGUCUAUGUGCCUACAAACUUGUGGGAUGAAGAUAAACACUUAAUCAGCCUCUAAAACUAGCUUCCUAUUUUCAGGAAUGAAGAUCAGAAUCACCCUCACCACUCGAGAGAUCGGUUUACUCAUUCAAGUUAUG